GCCUGUGUCGAUGUGUGGCGAUGCCACCGGAGCAUCCGGAGCCCAGUGCGUUUCCCCGGCGGUGCGCAACAAUGCGGCGCUGGAGAUAAAACUUCACCAGCGAUGUCAGAGCCCUGAGCUUUCGUUUCGCGCAACUUUAUCCCGAGAAGAUGUCAGAUCAUGUCACCAAAACCGUCCAGAAAUGGCACGCGAGUUUUAAAAAAGGCACGGACUUUGAUUCGUGGGGGCAGCUGGUGGAAGCCAUCGAUGAAUAUCAAAUACUCGCAAGGCAAGUUCAGAAAGAAGUGCAGUCGUCAAACUCGCAUGAUUUCACAGAGGAACAGAAGAAAACCCUGGGAAAGUUUGCGACAUGCCUUGAAAUGCGAAGUGCAGCCUUACAGUGCACACAAUCUCAAGAGGAGUUCAAGUUAGAAGACCUGAAAAAACUGGAGCCCAUUAUUAAGAGCAUUCUGACUUACAACAAAGAUUUCCCUUUUGAUGUCCAACCAGUGCCUUUGAGGAAGAUUCUUGCACCAGGUGAGGAGGAGAACCUCGAGGAGGAGCUGGACGCUGGGACUGGAGCAGGUUCAACACCAUCCUUCCCUUCAAGGGUUCCAGGUACGCUGUUGCCACGGUUACCCUCGGAGCCAGGAUUGACUUUGCUCACGCUGACGAUAGAGAAGAUCGGUCUGAAAGACGCAGGACAGUGCAUUGACCCAUACAUUACAGUCAGUGUUAAAGAUCUGAAUGGUAUAGACUUGAACCCGGUUCAGGACACGCCAGUGGCCACGCGCAAGGAGGACACGUAUAUUAAUUUUAGCGUGGAUGUAGAAAUCCAGAAACAUCUAGAAAAACUACCAAAAGGUGCAGCAAUUUUCUUCGAAUUCAAACACUACAAACCCAAGAAAAGACUCACAAGCACUAAGUGUUUUGCUUUCAUGGAAAUGGAUGAAAUCAAACCAGGUCCCAUUGUUAUAGAACUGUAAGUAUCGGGCGAGUUUUUCA